AUGGCUUCUCUUCUGUCUUCUCAACUCCUCAUUUUCUCUCUCUUCUGCCUCUCCGCAGCUUCAUCUCCCCCAUCUCUUCUCGCGCUCAAUUGCAGCUCACCGUCUUUACAAAGGCCACCCCUCCAAAGCCUUUUUAGCAACCUCACCUCUCAAGUAGCAAAAACCCGGUUCAUAGACUCAACCAAUAUGAUGGGCUUCCAUGGCCUCAUCAUGCAGUGCAGGCUUGAUCUCUCUCCAACCAGAUGCAUCAUCUGUGCCCAAAAUGCUGUACGCACCGUUUCAACCCUAUGCCCCUAUUCCAAUUCAGGAACAGCUUGGUUUGAUGGUUGCUACCUUCAGUACCACCACCGAUUUUCUCCUGAGGAUUUUGUGACUAGCACCAACAUCUCCUGCUCAAGCCAAAUUCAUGUACUGGACCAAGUUCAGUUUGAACUGGCCUUGGAAACAUUGUUUCUGAGGCUAAGAGCUGAAAUCAACCUUGCUACACACCACCAGUUUUCGAGUGGGAAGCUCACAUAUGGCAAUCAUAGCAAAGUCUACGGGCUUGCUGAGUGUGUCCGGUUCAUGUCACCAGAGGAGUGCGAGGCUUGUGUGGCGGAAGGCAUAGAGAGGCUCCACAAGUACUGUGGCGGUAAAGACGGAGGAACUGUGGUUGCUGGGAAUUGUGUUGUUCGCUUUGAAGUUUACCAGUUCUUCUCAUACAUAGACGCUGGUGGGUCUGAGACUGGUGGUGGGACAGAUGAUGUCGGGACUCGGAUAACUGAAGGUGGUGGCUCUAUGUCUUUUAAGGCCAAAGUGGCUUUGGCUUGGGGCGUCGUAGUUGCUUGUCUGAUUGGGAUUGUUUUGUCUGCUUGGUUGAUGAGGAGAUCGGUUGUGAAUACAGCUAAGGUAGCCACAUUUGGGUACGGCGAUGAUAAAAUUGGACGUAGAAGCUAG